AUUAUUCACCGGCGGUAGGUGAGGGUGAAACCCACGCGCUCCCCCCAAUUCCUUAACUUAUAAAUACGGGCGACCAACUCCAACCCACUCACUCCACGUUCCAAAAAACCCCCCAACUUUUUUCUCCAUAACUCAUCUCCCACCUUUUCCCUCGCCUCAAGACGGUGCGCGAAAAAAGAUAAAGCGGAACCACACAAACCACCAUGCCGGCCGACAGCUCAUCCCUCCCCGGUAACGGCCAGACCGUCUGCGUCACCGGCGCCGGCGGAUUCAUCGCCUCCUGGAUGGUUAAGCUUCUUCUCGACAGAGGCUACUCCGUCAAAGGAACUGUCAGGAAUCCAGAUGAUCCGAAGAACGCUCACUUGAGAGCUCUGGAAGGAGCUGACGAGCGGCUGACUCUGUGCAAGGCCGAUCUUCUGGAUUACCAGAGCCUCCGCGAAGCCAUUAGCGGUUGCCAAGGCGUGUUCCACACCGCUUCUCCCGUCACCGAUGAUCCAGAACAAAUGGUGGAGCCGGCGGUGGACGGGACUAAGUAUGUAAUUAACGCAGCGGCGGAAGCCAAAGUGAGGCGGGUUGUGUUUACGUCAUCCAUCGGCGCCGUCUACAUGGACCCCAACCGGAGCCCCGACACGGUGGUCGACGAAUCUUGUUGGAGCGACCUGGAGUUCUGCAAGAACACCAAGAACUGGUACUGCUACGGGAAGACGGUGGCGGAGCAGGCGGCGUGGGAGAUGGCGGAGGAGAAAGGGGUGGACGUGGUGGCGGUGAACCCGGUUCUGGUACUGGGCCCGUUGCUGCAAUCUACCAUUAACGCGAGCAUCAUCCACAUCCUCAAGUACCUGACCGGUUCGGCCAAGACCUACGCCAACUCGGUCCAAGCCUAUGUCCACGUCAAGGACGUCGCGCUGGCCCACAUUCUGGUCUUCGAAAACCCGGCCGCCGCCGGCCGGUACCUCUGCGCCGAGAGCGUGCUCCACCGCGGCGAGGUUGUUGAAAUCCUCGCCAAGUUGUUCCCCGAAUACCCUGUCCCCACCAAGUGCUCGGAUGAGAAGAACCCAAGAGUGAAGCCGUACAAGUUCUCGUGCCAAAAGCUCAAGGACAUCGGGCUGGAGUUCACGCCGGCGAAGCAGUGCCUCUAUGAAACCGUGAUUUCUCUCCAGGAGAAGGGUCACCUUGCUCUUCCUGCCGCCAAACAGCAGGAGGAACCCGUCAAAAUCCAGUCUUCUUGACAACGCCAACACAGUACACAUCAACCAUUACAUACUGGAUCCUCGAUCGUUUCGUAUCAAACUAUCAAUCUACCAAUUUAGUGAAUGGAAAUCCCGUCUAUCAACCAGGAGUGAGGCUGAAACGUUCUUGCUAGCUAAUUAAGCAAACAAUGUAGUCAGUCCACUCCCCUGUUCUUUUCUUUCUUUAUCGGAUCUCAUCAAUUUACAUGUGGAUAUAUCCCAAGUGUUGUAAUGGAUGAUACAAGUACUUUUCCGGUGAGCCUGUAAUUAAACCCCUGUACUACUGUCAUUUUAAGAAUGUCUGAUCAAUAAUAUUUAUUUCCAUUGUUUCACCCUUCCAG